AUGACAGAAGUUGGGGAUGACUGCUUUUUCUAUGUUCAUUCAACCUGUGCGAAGGGAUCAAAGUGCCGGUUCCGUCACUGUGAAAAGGCCAUUGGCAGUGACAUUGUGUGCUCAUUAUGGAGAGAGGGAAGAUGUUCCCAUCAACUUUGUAAAUUUAGGCAUAUGGAAAUACAGCAAAAAUACAACAGCAUCUCAUGUUUCUGGGAAACACAGCCUUUAGGCUGUGUGAGGAUCAGUUGUGUCUUCCAUCACAGGAAACCUCGUAAUAUCAAUGGACUUUUUUUGCCCCCUAGUAAUGAUUCCACAUUGCAAGGGGAAGUUCAGGAAGGGAUUUUGCAUGCUGCUCAAAAUCAAGAUUCCACAAAGGGUCAGGAGAAUACAUUAAGGCCUAUUCAUCCUCCACUUAUUAUUACCAUCAAUCUUGAGGACGAAGAAGAGGAAGAACAGGAAGAAAAAUAUGCGUCUUAUUUGUUGUCAAAGACACCAGAAGAUAUAGAAGAAGAAAAGGCAAUAAAGGAAAUGUGUUAUAAAUCUGGAGAAUACUAUAGAAUUCAGACUUCUCAGGAAAAUCAUUUAACAAAAAAUCCUUCAGUGCUGGAGAAUGAGCUCAUUAAACCUAUGGAAACAUGCAGAGAUUUACAAGAAGGUGAUGGCGUUGCAGUUCCAUCAAAGUUUAACAUUAUAGAAAGGCAAACAAAAAUAACAGCGUCAUUGGACAGUAGCUCUAAAUCUGAACUUAGUGCCUUUGAAAAUGGAGGAGGUGAUUGUUAUUUGUCACAAAGAAAUAUAUUUGUUGAAGGAAUACAAAACAAAAUGUUCAACGGAGAGAAAGAAUUUACAGUGCUGAAGUGUUCAAACAUUAAAGCUACAAGCCACCCGGAAAGCAUCAAGAAGCAUCAUUUUAAGGGAGUAAAGAAAAAGAAAUGGCUAUCUGAGGAAUCCAAAAAUCUGUCUACCCCUUUGACAGCAAAAGCAGUGCAUACUUCAAAUCCUAAAAGUAAAGGGAAUUGCCAACAAAAUGAUCAAAUCAAGAAUGCUGAGAAUGCCUCUUAUGUUCCUUCUCAGAGAGCCAACGGGAGAAGCAUUUCCUUGAGUUCUCCAGUGGCUGGAGGGUCACAAAAUCUCACCUAUGCUAAAAUUGGGGUGGCCAAAGAAUCCAAGAUGAUUUUAUCUACAGAGAGGUGUGCUUCGGUGUAUAAUAUACCAGCCUGGAGAAAAAGAAGCCCACAUUCUAAAGCAUAUACUAAACCUGAAAAAAUACAUUCAGAGCCCAGAAGAAAUGGAAGUAGAUAAAAUGGAGGUUCAUCUGAAAAAGAGGAAAGAGAGAAUAAAGAAAUGGUAUAUUGCUCUUCUAUGGUUCGCCAUCAAAAGAGGACAAAACGUUCAAACUCAAAUGAUUCAGUUAUCAGGAAAUACAACUGGAGAUCUAA